UCCCGCCAAGGCCAAACACCGAGGAGUUAGCCUGGAUUUCCUUCUGAAAUGGCCGAUAUAUUGGAAGGUCCCCGCGUUCGUGUCAGCGCGAGUCAGUUGUCGCAAUACAUCGGAAAGCCAGUCUGUUUCGUGGGACGCCUUGAAAAGAUCCAUCCAUCUGGGAAAUUAUUCUUUCUAUCUGAUGGAGAAGGAAAAAAUGCAACAAUUGAGCUAAAUUCACCUCUUGAAGAAGAGAUAUCUGGCAUUAUUGAAGUAGUAGGAAGAGUUACAAAUCAAUUGAAUAUCAUAUGUUCGUCAUAUAUGCAAUUCAAAGAAGAUAAAAACAUGUUUGAUCUUUCAAUGUACAAUAAAGCUGUAAAAAUUAUCCAUGAAUUUCCUGAGUACUACCCUUUCAGUACUGAUGUAUGACUGAUGCUUAUCUUGAUAUUGUGAGACCUUUUAUAAUGUUUAUUGAACGAAACUAUGAAAAGCAUCACUGGACAACUUUUCUAAAAAAUCUAAUUUUCUAAUAAUUUGUUGUGUCUCCCAUAUGUGACAAACUUGGAUUUCAUAUUUGUUUUCCUUUUAGUGGAUAGUAACAUAUUUUUAAUGUUAACAUUUUGAGAUAAAUAUAUGUAUGUGAAAAGCACUCAAAUUAAAAGUUUCACUAAGCAAAUCAUACUUCUACUAUAAUAAAGGCUGACAAGUAUGCCAGGCUUGGAAAGAAUGGCAAAGUUCCUUAUCUACUACAUAUGAACAACUGUUUAAAAAGAACAAUUAUGGAAAUGCAUACAUUAUGUUUAUCAAAACCUGAAAUACUUUAACUAUUUUUAUAUGUUAAUAAGGCACUUUAGCUGAUUUGCUUUAUCUUCUGUCAAGCCCAUAAUAGCUUCUGUAUAAUCUUAAAAUCUGUUUUGAGGUGGUAUCAUUUUCAUCAUUAAUAAACACU